AUGGAGAGAGACAAUAAAAUGCAAGAUAUCGAAAAUGCUUGUAAGGAAUUUGAAUCCAAAUUUAAUAUUUCUUAUGCUGAACUCUCAUUAACUGAGAUUGAGGCCUUUGAUAUGAAAUUCAACUCUAUAUCAUUAUAUAAUGAUACAUUAAGCAACUUAACACAAAAGCCCAGCAAUUCCUUUAAAAUUCAAUUCUAUGAAGAUAAUUCUUCUAAAAUAGAAGAAUUAGAAGCAAUCAAAGAAAAAUUAAAAACUGAGUUUGAUGAUAUAGUUGAUCACUAUCAAAAUGACAAAAAAGUUGAAUUUUUGUUAUACAAUAAUGAGACUAUUAAAAAAUCUUAUUCAGCUUAUAUAGAUGCAUAUCAAUGCUUCUCUAAAAGACUUCAUGCCGCAAUCGAAAACCUCAUACUCAAUGAUUUUUCUCCAUAUGUCUAUGAAGACAGCCAAACUCUCUAUUUAAUCAACAAAAAUUUCGAGCUUGAAAAUAAAGCCGAGCUAUCACUUUAUAAUAUUACAAAUUUUCAGCACUCUAAAUUCAACAUUGAAGAUUAUAAUGCACUGACUGCUGCUUCUUGCAUAGUCCAGCUUCCAAACAAUGAACUUUUCUGCUACGGAAAAGACAAUCCAAUCGCUGGUCUUACCCUCAUAAUUGAUUUAAACUCUUAUACAAUUAAAAAAAUUCUUCCCUCUGGAAAAAAUAUUUCCCAAGCAGGGAUUUUGUAUUUCCAGCAAUGUGUUUAUAUAUAUGGCGGAUUAGGAAUAUUAUCGACUGGGAAUUAUUUUAUAUCAACAAUUGUUCAAAGAUUCGAUUUAACAAAAAAUAGAUGAGAAACAUUGCUUUCAAUCCCAGAACAAUCUAUGGAUAGCUCAGUUGUUCUUUUUAAACAAAGAAUUUUAUUAAGGUCUGGGCAUGUUUUGUCUGCUCUUUGCUGAAGCUUUUGGUGAAGGUUAGAGUGCUGGAGAUGUAGAUAUUUAUUUUGAUUAAAAGUAAUUGCGGAAUUUCCGCUUUAAAAAAGUAAAUAAAUCUUUGACUUAUCAGAUUUUGGCUGGUAAACCAAAAGAAAGAAUUUACUCAAGGGCAAGCUAAAAGCCUAGAAGGUCUAUAAUAUGACAGUGAAGUAAAGAAAAUAUUUUUGAAUAUGAUGUAAAUUUAGAUAGUUUUACUGAAAUUAAAAUGAAGACUGAUAAAGAUUUAUAUAAAUUAUUAAUUGCUGGGAAUUCAAGGGUUUAUUUAUUCGAAGGGUGGAAUAAUGUUUGAGAAAGCGAAAUUAAUAAUGAAUUUUUUUGGAAUAAAAUAGGAAAACUUGAUUAUUCUUUAAUACAUACACAAUCCUAUAGGAUUAGAUAUUAGAUAA